AUGAAUCCCGCGAACAAACUAAUGAAAGAGGGGGUGAGUUUUAUUUCAUUACUUUUUAAGAAACCAGUUUCAUGGUUGUCUUUUAUCGCUCCACCACUUCUUCACAUCGUAGGGCUUAAUUUCUUGCAAAUCCUCCUAACCUCAGCUGCUUUGUUCUUCUCCUCUUUCUUCUUCCCUCGCACAAUCCAAAAAACAAACUUUAUGAAAGAUCCCAAGGUUCAUGUUAAAGAUCUUGGUCAACAAGACUCUUUAGGAGACAUCAAAAUAUCUACGAGCAUUGAUGAUGAUAUUGUCAGAUUUAAAGACGAAGGAACAAUCCCUGAUGAGGAAAGCCUCAUAGAGCUCUCCUUACCAACCGGUCACCACGUUUGCCAAAAUUUCAGUACCAUGACUGGGCAUCAAGGUUUCAGACAUAUCCAACUAUUAGCUGAAUUUGAAGAUGAUAAUCUGAUCGAAAUCGAUAUUUCCAUCGGAUCCAUCAAGUGUUCAAAAUUCCAGAUCAAAGCCUGA